AUGCCCGUCACCAUAUCGGUGGUUGACCACCCAGCCGAACCCUGGGAACCCAGUCUCAAGGGCGCCUCAGCUACAGCUAUCCUCGCGGGAUCUAGCCCCCACGACUACGGACGCUGUGAAAAGAUCCUCCAAAGCUCAUUCUCAACUAAGGGCAAACUAGAGGAGCACCACCUUUCAGCCUCCACAAAUGGACUGGUAUGGGCAGCCUACCAUGCCUACAGCAGCCAUCAUCAUUUGACCAUCCGCCCUGAAGACAUCUGGUUUGCCAUCAUCAGCCAGAUAAGCUUCUACAUCAAUGCCAAUGCAGAAGAUUUACGUGACUACUUUGUUAGUCACGAAGGUCAGAAGGAACUCAUCGUGGAGCUUUGGGGAACCUUAGACUCCCAGUAUGACGUGUUUGCAAAGCUCAUGGCCGAUGAGAUCUCAAAGAAUGUCAAGGAUCCAGAACUCCGUGACUGGGUUCUACCUUCAUUCACUUCAACCACCGAUACAGAUCGAGUCGUGGGCUCGGUUCUCUUCAUGGGGGCAAUGCAAAAGUACUUUUCAUACACUUGUAUGAGCGCCUGCGGCAUCCCCUCUGUAACUCUCCUUGGAGAAGCCAGCGAUUACGAAGAGAUCUUGAAGCGUCUUGAUAGACUGGAAGAGAUGGGCACCGAGGCGUGUGUAUUUGCCGGGAUGUUGCGACCUAUUCUCCGACGCAUGAUCCUCUCUUUCACAGAGCCAGCCAACCCAGAGUUGAAAACGUUCUGGAACUCCAUCGUUAACGUUCGUCGCAUGUCGGGCUCUAGAAAUGUGACAGGCUGGAUCACGGCAUUCUGUUACUGGUCCGAGAAAGGAGUUGCCCGUCGGCGUACGGAUCCGCAGUAUUAUAAAGACAAUGGUACCAGUGACUGGAAGACUUACAUCACAGUUGAGACAGGCGAUAUACCAGCUGGGAUUGUCACUGUUCCGGUCAAAGUUAAAGAACUAGGCGAGGAGGAGCACGCUUGCACAAUGUUGGCUGGGUCUAUCGGUAUACAGGGAGUUCCAGACUCCAUGAAUGGUGCCGAUACGGCCAAAGAGAAGGCCUUGUCCAGCAAAGGCGAGCAAGUUGCUGAGCCGGUGUUGACUGGUAUUCGACCGCUAACUGGAUGGAUGAUUUAUGAGGACAAGCCGCCAGCCAUACAAGCCCGGCGCCGAAGACCCCCCAACUGGCGACCGUUGUAG